AUGCGAUUCAGCAACAUAUCUCAUCUGUCGAAUGAGGACCAAGCUUUCAUCUCUCGGUAUGGAUGCGGACCAAGUCUACCGGUACCCCAUGAGACCGUACACGGAGCAUUUGAGAGCAUCGUGGACUUACACCCCUCAAUACUCGCCGCUAUCCAUGGUGACCGUAAAAUCACGUAUCAUCAGCUUGAUCUCGCGGCCAACCGCCUCGCCCAUCACCUCAUCACUUCGGGGCUCAGACCAAAGCAACGAGUAUGCCUUGUGGUCCAACGGUCUUUGGAAAUGCUUAUCGGUCUACUUGCCAUCCUGAAGGCGGGAUGUCAGUACGUCCCCAUCGAUGGUGGAGUCGCCUCAGACCAAGCCUUGCAACAUAUCUUUGAGGAUACAGAGGCUCGCUUUAUCUUAUGUUUGCCCAGAUACUGGGACAAAGUCAAGCAAUUCGCAUCCAGAACCGCUAUCGUGCUUGAGCUGGGCAUGGACACAGGAGCAUUCUAUUCUCCUCUUCGACCAGACGUCAAGGUUUCUUCCACUGAUGGCGUAUAUGCUAUGUACACAUCAGGUAAGUCUCCCACAGGUGUAGCACGGGGGGUACCGAAAGGCGUUGACGUCAAGCAUGGCACUAUGACCAAUGCACUGCUACUCGAACCAGGAAGGUUACGAAUCACUACUGGCUCGAGAGUUGCGCAGGUGCUGAGUAUUUCUUUUGCGAUGGGCGCAUGGGAGAUGCUUGGUUCGUUGGUCAAUGGAGGCACUCUAUACCUCAGAGGUUCCGACUGGAACGCCACAUUGACUCAAAUUGACACUCUCAUCUGCACGCCCUCAAUACUUUCCAAGUAUCAGCAGCAGGAUUAUCCAAAUAUCAAAACAGUCGUCGUUGCAGGAGAAGCGUGUUCACAGUCUCUCGCGGACGAUUGGGCCCAGGAUCGAUGCUUCUACAACCUACUCGGCUCUACCGAAGUGUUUCUCUUCUCUGCGCACCAACAUAUCAUCGGCGAGCCGUUGUCAAUCGGCCGACCGCUACCCAACACGAAAUGUUACAUUCUUGACGAAGCCGACGAGCCAGUUCCUGUUGGACAGAGAGGUACUCUCUGGGUGGGUGGUAAAGGAGUGUCAAGAGGAUAUAUCAAUCUUCCUCUCACAAGUGCUGAGAAGUUUCAACUCGACAAAUUCGCCGACGACGGAACGACCAUGUAUAACUUCGGCAACAUCGUGUGCUGGAGGGCCGAUGGAUCUCUGGACUCGUUCGGUCGAAUGGACGAUCAAGUUAAGAUCAAGGGCUUUCGCGUCGAGUUGGAAGGUGUCACGGCUGUUAUCGAACAGUUCGAAGGCAUUGCGCAAGCUACGUCGCUUGUCAUCGACGGAAUUCUUUACGCUUUCUACACAUUCUCAGCUCCCAUCGACGAGCAUGAACUACAGGCGUACUUGCGGAAGCACCUACCAUAUUACUCGGUACCUGAAAGAUGGUUUCAAGUUGAGGUCAUACCGUUGAACUCCAAUGGAAAGGUCGAUAAAUCACAACUGAAGGCUCUUGCAGCAGAAACCAGCAUACCGGCAAUCGAUGUUAAGCCCACCAAACCAGGUCAUCAGAGAGUGGAUUCAGCCUUCGACGACUUAGUUGCUGCCCGAGAAAUCGUGGUCCCUCUUCCUGUCAUCACACAGGAAACAUCGCGGACUUCAUUCCGGGAUGUCGAUCUUGAGAAGGGUGUUCGUUGUCACGUCAAGCACUUGAGUACCUCAACGGUAGGGACCAAUCCAGACGACACAUCCGCCCUGCUUCCAGAACCUAAAGGCUCUCCGACUGGCCACUGGCUUCGACAUCGUGGUUUGAUAGCUUACCGCUGGUUCCUGAUCCCAAUUGUUGCGGUAAACAUUGGAGUCGCAUGCUGGAUUCUCAACCGGGGCAUCAAGGACCAACAUUACCCGCUUUCUUACGUUGCUACAGCUACAGCAGCAAACCUCUGCGCCUCGAUUUCGAUACGCUCGGAACCAGUCAUCAAUCUUCUCUUCACAGUAUUCUCUUCGGUGCCUACCUGGACGCCGCUCGUGGUUCGGAGAAUCUGCGCGAACGUCUAUCAUAUCGGUGGCAUACAUGUCGGAUGUGCCAUUGCUGCGGUGAUCUGGUUCAUCAUUUUCGCUGUUGGAGUAAGCAUCGACCUCGUCAAGAGCACCAACACCCGAGCCAUUUCACUUGCACCAUCGAUCCUGACAUAUCUGAUCCUGUCGCUGCUUCUCUCGAUGACAGCGCUUUCUCAACCCACUCUUCGCAACAAGUACCACGACUCUUGGGAGAACUUACACCGUUUCGGAGGCUGGACGAUCCUCGGUCUUUACUGGGUACUUGUUGGGUUGUCAACGAAGGACCUAAGCCGUGGCUCGGGUAUGUCGAUUUCAGAGGCUUAUCUGCGCAAUCCUUCUAUUUGGCUCAUCGCGAUUGCGACUCUGGCGAUCAUCUUUCCCUGGCUUUUCCUGCGUCGUGUCCCAGUCCGAUCGGAAGUGCUCUCUUCCCACGCCGUCCGCUUACAUUUCGACUCUGAGGUAGCGCCUGGUCAGGGUGUCCGCCUUGCUGAGCGACCCCUUGGCGAUUGGCAUGGGUUCGCAACUAUUACCAAUGGUCUCGGCAAUAACCCCGACAGCACUGGGAAAGGGUACUCGGUCAUUGUCAGCCGAGCUGGCGACUUCACCGGCCGCUGUAUCGACAGUGCACCAACGCAUAUCUGGAGGCGUGGCAUCCCUACUUGUGGUGUCCUACGCAUUGCCACCCUCUUCAAGAGCGUGGUCGUGGUAGCCACCGGAUCUGGUAUUGGACCAUGUCUAUCCAUCUUCCCAUACCAACAAGUCGCCAUGCGCAUCCUCUGGACUGCCCCAAACCACAAGAAGACGUUUGGCCAAUCUAUCAUGGAUGACGUGCGCAGAAGAGACCCUAAUGCAGUUAUCUACAACACACGAGAGUCAGGCAAACCUGACAUGAGCCUACUGACAUACCGACUGUACAAAGAGAGCGGCGCUGAAGCGGUUCUGGUCAUCAGCAACAAGCGCUUCACGCAGCAGAUCGUGUUCGACAUGGAAAAGAGGGGAAUUCCGGCGUAUGGUGCGAUUUUUGAUUCUUAGACUUUUACGCUUGACAUGAUGAGCAUCCCGAGUAGGGAUGGAAACGAAAGCGUCGCUUUGAUUGAUAGAGAUGAUUCAUACGAUACACGAAUACAUGACAUGACGCUUCC